ACAUGCAUCAGAUAGUGUCGAAGUCAAUACGCCUCGCCAAAUUUUAUAAUUACUCGGAUAUUCUCCCUACUCACUAGCUUUCUCAUUUAGAAACUCGAAGAAGAAAAAUGUGGAUUUUUGGAUGGAAAGGACCAUCUGGAUUCUCUGCUUCUUCUACUGCUGAGGAUGUUACUCAUGGGAUUGAUGGCACUGGUCUCACUGCCAUCGUUACAGGAGGAUCAAGUGGAAUUGGUGUAGAGACAGCACGUGUUCUUGCAUUGUGUGGUGUCCAUGUGGUUUUGGCUGUAAGGAAUAUGGAUGCUGGCAGCAAAGUUAAAGAAGAAAUACAGAAGGAAAUUCCUGCUGCUAAGGUUGAUGUUAUGGAGUUAGAUCUGAGCUCAUUGGCAUCAGUAAGAAACUUUGCAUCUGAAUACAAGUCGUCAGGUCUUUCCCUUAAUAUACUCAUUAACAAUGCUGGGGUUAUGGCAACUCCUUUCAUGCUUUCCCAAGACAAUAUAGAACUCCAGUUUGCAACCAACCAUUUAGGCCAUUUCCUUUUGACAAACCUUUUGUUGGAGACAAUGAAGAACACAGCAUGUGAGAGCAACAGGGAAGGAAGGAUUGUCAAUGUAUCAUCUGAAGGUCACCGAUUUGCAUAUCGUGAAGGAAUUUGUUUUGAUAAAAUCAAUGAUGAGUCAUGGUAUAACAGUCUAUUUGCAUAUGGGCAGUCAAAGCUCGCCAACAUAUUGCACGCUAAUGAGCUUGCAAGGCGGCUAAAGGAAGACAGAGCGGAGAUCACUGUCAAUUCACUUCAUCCUGGAUCAAUUAUGACCAAUCUUCUGCGUCACCACAGUUUUAUUAACAGAAUAGGGAACAUAUUUGGUAAAUAUGUGCUCAAAAAUGUCCAACAGGGAGCAGCAACAACAUGUUAUAUAGCAUUAAAUCCACAGGUGAAGGGGUUGAGUGGUGAAUAUUUUUCGGACAGUAACAUAGCUAAACCGAGCUCUCAAGCUAAAAAUGCAGAUUUGGCAAAAAAACUCUGGGAUUUCAGCUUGAGCUUAACUGAUCCUAAGUAAUUGAUACGGGAGAGGCUUGAGGAGUUGCAGGGUGAUUAAGCGUAUAUAACAAGAGUAGAAUUGUAUUAAGUCUUUCAGUUAAAUUAUAAUUUCACUAAUUCUUUAUCUAUUGUUUAAAGCUGAAUUUGCCUGAAUUUUUGUUAAUCUAUGGAAUGUGAUUAGCUUGCCCUGCUACC